GGCAAUGGGCUCCGGAGAACGAAUUGAACAAGGCAAUGGAGAAACUGGUGGGGUGGCUCGUGAUCGGGGCUCUAGUGGUGAGUGUGAGAGGCGAACAAUGUGGGAGGCAAGCAGGGGGUGCGCUGUGCCCAGGCAACCUGUGCUGCAGCCAAUUCGGGUGGUGCGGGACUACCGACGAGUACUGCGGCCAAAAUUGCCAGAGCAACUGCAAAGGCAGCGAUCCCACCGGAGCCAGCGCUUCGAACGUGCGCGCCACCUAUCAUUACUACCAGCCGGAGCUCCACAACUAUGACCUCAUCGCCGUCAGUGCUUUCUGCGCCACUUGGGAUGCCUCCAAGCCUUACUCCUGGCGUAGCAAGUAUGGGUGGACCGCCUUCUGUGGCCCCGCCGGCCCCCGCGGCCAAGCUGCCUGCGGCAAAUGCCUUAGGGUCACCAAUACAAGGACCAGAGCUCAGGUGACGGUCAGGAUCGUCGACCAGUGCAGCAACGGAGGCUUGGAUUUGGACGUGGGGGUUUUCAACCGAUUGGACACCGAUGGCUGGGGUCACCAGCAAGGCCAUCUUAUCGUCGAUUACCAAUUCGUCAACUGUGGCAAUGAGUUGGACGACUCCUUCCACCACCCUCUACUUUCCAUCCUCCAACCCUGAGCUACCUAUUCCCUGCCUUCCUAAUAAGUGGCCAGCGCGCUCUUCCAUUUCCUAUACCUCGGCGGCCGGAUCAAUUAUUAGUUAUCUUCUCAAUGUAUGGAUUUUGUUAUCCGCUAGCAGUAAUUCAAUUGUGUGCGUGUUGAAUUUGAGGCGUCUUCUCAUUCCUUCAAUUUUAUACUUUGUCAUUCAAAAUACACAUUAAUUCCAAACUGUUUCAGUAAUGUUAUAUCA